GCCGUGUACUCUCUGGCGCAGCGCUCCAGAGCUGGCGCGGCCUGCGGCGGGAGCGGAGCCGGGAGGCCGCGGUAGGAGGGAACGGGAGGGGACGCGGUACGACGGGAAGGGAUCGGAUCGGCGCGACCAUGGAGAUCGGCACCGAGAUCAGCCGCAAGAUCCGGGGUGCUAUAAAAGGAAAGUUGCAGGAGCUGGGGGCUUAUGUUGAUGAAGAGCUCCCUGAUUAUAUUAUGGUUAUGGUGGCCAAUAAGAAGAGUCAGGAGCAGAUGACAGAAGACCUUUCCCUUUUCCUUGGAAACAAUACUGUCAGAUUUACUGUCUGGCUCCAUGGUGUUUUGGAUAAGCUGCGAUCUGUUACUACUGAACCAACUAGUGUAAAAUCCUCGGAAUCUAAUAUCUUUGAGAGCAACCUUCCUUCCAGCAAAAGCAGUUCAUGUGUGAGUGAUGAGAGGAGGCGUGAGGAUACCUUGCCACCUCUUGCGGUUUCCAGCACUCGAACUGAAAGAAAUGACUCAAGAGUUUCAACUAGCUCGCAGGAGCAAAGGAACACUGCUUCACGGCAGUCUUGUGAAGAUGGUUCCGCAUCCCGCUUAACAUCUACAGUCAAGCCUUUGAGGGAAUUGUCACCUUCUGAAGCUGUAAUCGACAUUAAACCUGAACCAGAUGAUCUAAUUGACGAAGACCUAAACUUCGUGCAGGAGAAUCCUUUGUCACGGAAAAAACCCAUUGUAACUGUAACUUAUAGUUCUUCUCGUCCUUCCGCUGAAAUCUACCGACCACCAGCUAGUAGGAGUGCAGAUGGCAGUACACACGUGCACAGAUUGUCACAACAGGGCAACUUACAGGGGAGCCGGCAGUUAGACACGCAAAGCAGCAGGUCUUUGGAAACAGGCCAGCUGUGCAAUCCAGAAACAUUUGGCAGCUUAGCAGAAAGUUACAAACCCACCUCCAAACUUAGUGUUGAUAAAGUAGGCAGUGAGGAAGAAAGCUCCAGGAAGAGACGGUUGCCUGUUGUGAGCUCGGUAGUCAAAGUGAAAAAGUUCUGUAAUGAUGGAGAAGAUGAGGAGGAAGAGGAAGACUAUGGAUCACGAACAGGAAGCAUCUCCAGCAGCGUGUCUGUACCUGCAAAGCCAGAAAGAAGACCUUCAUUGCCACCUUCAAAACAAGCCAAUAAGAAUUUAAUACUGAAAGCAAUCUCUGAAGCACAGGAAUCGGUUACAAAAACAACCAAUUAUUCCACUGUUCCACAGAAACAGACUGUUCCAGUUGCACCAAGAACUCGAAUUAGCCCAGAAGAAUCUCAGUUAGAAUUAAUCCAUGUGCAAAGCGGACUGCCUGCUCUGAGUUCCCAGCUUCAAGCAGAAGAGCCAAAGGAGCGGACAGCUGAAGGAAUUCAAGGAGCUGAACAAAAGGAGCUCUCUUCUCGGCUCCAGAUUGAUCCUGCGAUUGAAGAUACUUUGCAAGUGGCUCAAGAUUACUACGAUAUAGAAUCUAUGGUUCAUGCAGAUACUCGGUCAUUUAUCCUGAAGAAGCCCAAGUUAUCUGAGGAAAUACUGGCACAGAAUCAGCAAUUGGGAAGGAAGGCCACAGAGGCAAUGCGAGUGCUCUCGGGACGUCUAAUACAGACACGAGACCAGCUUACACAGCCAGAGAAACCUGCUAGUCCCAAGUUCAUCGUGACACUGGAUGGCGUGCCCAGUCCACCAGGAUACCUUUCUGAUCAGGAAGAGGAAGAUAUGUGUAUAACUGAAGGAUUAAAGCCAGUUAACCAAAGUAUGUGUGCCGGCAAAGGAUUAAAAGGCCUUCGAGCACAGCAGAUGCAAAUUGUAACCAGGCAGCUGGAGAGCUGUGAUGUGGAUAUUGAAGAGUUAAACAUGCUGCAAAAACAGGAGAAGGUGCUUGAGCGCUGCAAGUACUGGCCUGCCUGCAAAAAUGGGGACGAAUGUGUGUUCCAUCACCCCACACUGCCUUGCAAAGUUUUUCCUAACUGCAAAUUUGCUGAUAAAUGCUUGUUCAUCCAUCCAAACUGUAAAUACGAUGCAAAGUGCACCAAGCCAGAUUGUCCUUACACUCAUGCCAGUCGACGACUCCCCCAUACACCUCCUAAGCCAGCACCACUACCCACGCCGUCUAUAUCCUCCAGUAGCCCACUGUGCAAGUUUUUUCCUGCUUGUAAGAAAAUGGAAUGUCCGUUUUACCACCCAAAACAUUGUAGAUUUAAUACCCAGUGUACGAGACCAGACUGCACCUUCUACCAUCCAACCAUUGCUGUUCCUCCUCGCCAUGCCUUGAAAUGGACUCGAGCUCAAACCAGUGAAUGAUUCUGAUGAACUCGGGACUGGACUUGGCCUCCUCCGGGCAGCAGCAGAGAGGAAGGGGAUAUAGGGACACUGUAACCACCAGGGCCACAGGAUGCUAGAAAAAUCCAUGCAUUUUAAACUUUUAAUAUAUAUUGUUUUCAUAAAAUGAGGUUGAUUGAUUGCAUACUUGAAAUGUCUCUAAUUUUCCAAGUUUGUAAGUUUGAGCAAUUUUACAUUUUUUUUACACUGUAAGAAGAAAAUGUGUAAGAAAAGUUUUACUUUAAAUUCCAUUAAAAAUUUUCAAAGGACAUUUUGUGUUCUCUUUAGGCAAUUUGUCUUGCUUAAGAUGAGGUGUCUCGAAAAAGUAAGUGUAUAUGAGAAGGGCUUAGAAAGUUUAUUCCUCUAUUCAGAUUGUACCAGCCAUGGGUUUUGUUCAGCAAAUGUUUGGUACAAGGCUUGCAACUGGCCUCAUGUCUCAGUGUGGUGACUGACCUCUUCACCUGCUCACAGAGAGAGUGAAGGGGUUGUGUUGUCUUCAUGGGGUUUUUCCGUGUGGUCGUUGCCAUACCUCGGUACUUUCUCAAAUGAGUUAAAGACAAGGGAACAAAACUGCUUCACGAGCAAGAAUUAAACCAUGAAUGACAUCGCGCACCAUUUAAUAAAAAGCUUAUGAAAUUAAAUACCAUUUCACUUGAAAAUAAGUGUUGUUUCAGCUGCUUCCAUUGAUAGCAGGAAGACAGAAAUCCUGUCCCUCUCCCCAGUGCUUUUUGGAUAAUCCUUUUUUCUUCCAGCACCCCUGGACCACACCGUGUCACUUCCUCGUUUGAGAAAGUUCCUGUGGCUGAACACUGCAAAUCUCAAGCCCAGAGGGUGACCAUGAAGAUGUUUCGGUGGCAUUCUAACGACAAAAAGUGUUGAGCAGUAACAGAAAUGCACUUUUUUAUUAAAUCUUCUGUAUCUUUUGGGGAACUACAUUUUCACAAAAAUAUACAAAAGAAUUUCUUUUUACAAAUAUUUACAUUUGAUAUCAGAAAACAAUGGUAGCUACAUAUUUUAAACUUAAAUUUGACAAAUAUAGUCUGGAAUUCUGAAACUCAACACUCCAGGAAAGUAUUUUUUAAUUUUCUGUGUGUGUGAAAUAAAGUACUCAAAGUUCAUAUUCAAAUUUAAAAAAAAUCUUAAUGCAAAAAUCUGACAUUUACCUUUUUGUGUAUAUAUAUAUAUAUAUAUACUUUAAAUAAACAUACAACAUUGUUACAGGGAUUAGAUGUUCAUGGUGGAAGCCAAAAUGGAGUACACGUAAACCCAUGAUCCUUAUUACAGUAGCACAGGACCGUACCUUUGGACUAGUUUAAAAUACCUUUUUUUUUAAUUCUUUUUUUUGCUAAAGCAGGAGGGGUUAUCUGACACACUCCAUAACGCAACACAACAAAGCUGAACAGACAACUAGAGUUUAAGUUUAAAGCACUACAGUACAGUGUGUUCCUAAGGUGACCUGCCGGGGGAGUGGAGGAGGAGCGGGCGCGCUCUUGUGCCGCACGGAGCAUUGCCACACGGGAUCGCCAGGUGAAAGACCAAGUUACAGUGCUCGCUAGGGAAUUUCCAAAGCCCUCCUCAGCCAUCCCUCCUCAGCCAUCCCUCAGAACGAGCUGUCACCAUGACACUGUUUUCAGUAUGAGAUGAGGAGACAGUAACAUGUAAGGGCAGCAGAGCACUAACACCAUCUCCACUGCUGGAUUUCAACAGCUUUGAUGUCUUACAACAUCCUGUACCACAUCCAGCAUCAGGCAAGAUGCUGCUUUUUCUCUGCUAAAAUCAAAAGUGAGUAAGCCAAGCCACAAAGCUAAAGUGCACGUGUUUUUAAAGGGAAUGGGUCUAAUGCAUUUACUUAGAUUGUUAUGUUACUUGAUCACUGUGGUCCCACAUGUACGCUUAAGUGAAAUUUUACAUUAAAAUUGCAUUAACUUCACAAAUCAGUAAUGCAGCUUUUCCAUUACUUAAUAUUAUGUGCUGUAUACCUGUAACUGAACUAAAAAGCAUAAACAAAGCUUAGAAUUACCAGAUAGGCUUUAAAAGGCAAAAAAUAAAGCUAUUUCGCACCUAAAACCACAACGCAAUGAUGAGUAGUAGCAAGGAAAGGAAAACCAGACCAGAAAUGUGGAAAGCCUACCUACCAGCACCAACCUUUCAUAACAGCACAAAACCCUUCUUUUUUUUUCCAUGCCAUUUGUGCCUGUUUCCAUGCUUGGAGUUUAUUUAGCAAGUCUAGUUACUAAAUUCCCAGAGAGCUCAGCACAGAGCACGGCCCGGGUGGGACUGGUCUUGGAAUUUGUGACUCAGUUAACAGAAAAUUCAUUUUCAGCAACAAAACACCUUGUACUGGCUCCACCGUGGUAAGAGCUGCACUGGGGUUCGAGCUGGCUGAGCUCGCACAGCCACCCCGUUGUUUAUUUGGGGACUCGGGGGGAGUUGGGUCAAGGGCUCCUGUGGGAAGGGGAAUAAAAAAAAAGGAGAGCAAUGGGAAAGCUAAUGAGUGAGUAAUUGGAUGAGUAAUGGGAGGAUGUUACAUGAAAACCUUUAUGGUUUUGAUUUCCCCAGUGGCUGACACCGAACACCCACCUCUACCACCUCCCUCUUUCAGCACCCAUCAACAGGAUACUCGCUUCAGUCACCUGUGGUUUCUUCCUCAAGCACUCACCUCCUGCCUCAGCCCCACAGAGACCUGCCCAAGAUGGUGCCAGCUUUGUGAAAGCUGCAGUUCCACUGAGCAAUGGGACAGCAGCAUUCCUCCCCUGCGGGAGAAGAAUUCCUCUCAGGAAGAACUGGUAUAACACAACUGACCUCAAUCCUCCAGUUCAAAACACCUGCUUUGUUGGGCCCAUUUAAUAGUUAAGUGGGUACAAUGAGCUUGCUUUCAAGAACAAAGAACGGUGUGAAUCAGACACACUGUUACAUCACUGCCACAAACAUCACAGUACUUUUGGGGAUAGUUUUAAAAAAAAAAAACAAGUUUAAGGUGGUUGGGUUUGGUUUGCAGGGGUUUUGUUUUUAAAUAAGCUCUCACAUGACAUCUGUGCCCAAACUGAGCAAAAUAUGUAUUACUAAGGGCAAAAUCACUUUGUAGGGUCUUGAAGUUUUCCCA